GCUCUCAACUCAAGUUUCAACUCUCAACAAAGAAAACAAAUCAAAUUAAAUCAGAUCACACCUCAGAUUCAGAUCCAUGGAUAACGAGAUCGACGUUCCUCCGUUCUUUCUCUGCCCAAUCUCGCUUGAAAUCAUGAAGGAUCCAGUAACCGUCUCCACCGGCAUCACCUACGACAGGGAGAGCAUCGAGACAUGGCUCUUCUCCGCCAAGAACAACACCUGCCCCGUAACCAAGCAACAACUCUCUUCUUCUGAUUUCUCCGAUCUAACUCCAAACCACACUCUUCGCCGAUUGAUUCAGUCAUGGUGUACCAUCAACGCUUCCUACGGCAUCCAAAGGAUUCCCACACCUAAACCACCGGUCAACAGAAACCAGAUCUCAAAGCUCCUCAAAGAUGCUUCCCGUUCCACCACCGUCAACCAGAUCAAGUGUCUCAGAAAGCUCAAAUCCAUUGCUUCUGGAAGCGAAACAAACAAAAGGUGCAUGGAAGCUGCUGGUGCCGUUGACUUCUUGGCUUCCGUUGUCAACAACAACAUCGAUUGUUCUUCUUCUGAUCAUCACGACGACGACGAUGAUGAUGAAGCUUUGAAGAAUAGUCCUUCCGAUGAAGCCCUAAGCAUGCUCUACAAUCUUCAUGUAUCCGAAGCUGGAUUGAAGAAUCUCAUAGGAUUCAAGAACGGAGAGUUUGUGAAUUCUCUAACGAGGAUUUUGCAGAAAGGAACAUACGAUUCAAGAGCUUACGCAGUUUUCUUGCUGAAAUCAAUGUGUGAGGUGGCUGAACCGGUUCACCUUCUUCACUUAAGAACCGAGUUAUUCGUGGAGCUAGUUCAGGUUUUGAAGGACCAGAUUUCUCACAAGGCAACAAAAGCCGCCCUCCACGCUCUGAUCCAGAUCUCUUCGUGGGGGAGAAACAGGAUCAGAGCGGCAGAGGCCGGCACAGUUGCCGUUCUCGUGGAGCUUCUUCUUGAAACUAAAGAGAGGAAGCCCUGCGAGAUGAUGCUAGUUUUGUUAGAGGUGCUUUGCCAGUGUGCGGAGGGAAGAGCGGAGCUAUUGAGCCAUGGAGCGGGAUUGGCCAUUGUUUCGAAGAAGAUUCUUAGGGUUUCGACGAUGGCGAACGAUAGGGCGGUGAGGAUUCUUUUGUCCGUGGCGAAAUUCUCGGCGACGCCGGUGGUUGUUCAAGAGAUGCUGAAGCUUGGUGUGGUGGCGAAGCUGUGCUUGAGUCUUCAGGUGGAUAGUGGAAGCAAGACGAAGGAGAAGGCGAGGGAGAUUCUCAAGAUUCAUGCUAAGGCAUGGAAGAAUUCUCCAUGCAUACCUACCAAUUUGGCUUCUGCAUACCCGGCUUUUGCUUAAUUAUUUCAAAAAUUGUAUAGAAAUUCUUUGGAAAGGAGUAGAAUAAUUAUUUAGGACAAACACAAAAUUGGAAAUUAAAUACAUACGCCCGGGCAUCCAAUUUAAUUGCCCAUGCAUGUAUAAGCUAAGAGAUCUAUCUACAGAUUAUUCACAAAUUUAAAUGGUUAAUUAUACUCAUUUUUUUCAACAUUUA